CUUGGCUUACCAUAAAAUGUGUACUGCCUAUAACAAUGCUUUUAGAAUAUACUAGGUACCUACUAGAUCUUAAUACUACUAACAACUAGGCUAAAAAAGCAGGCAAUAAUAAUACAGGUGUCUAAGAACAAAAGGCAUCGUGGCACUUUAAGGCAACUGUACCAGGUAAUUUUUCGGCAGAAAGGUAGGGGCGGUUUUAUAGCUUUAAGAUGUUGUAAUUGUAAGAAGUACACUUCUUAACCAUUUUAGAGGAGUGAGGUAUUGCAUUGGUUUGUUUUUUUAAUAGAAUAUUAAUUUAUUGCAGACAGUGUUUUUACUACUAUUAUAAUUUAGAUGCAAUUAUCGCGUUUUCUUUAUACACACACAAGUGUUAAUUAUAAAGAAAAAAUAGUAUACUCGAAAGGACCUAUGUCAUAUCUGGUAACGAUGAAAAUAUAGCUUAAUUAAUCCAUUCUUUAGUUUAUGUUUUUGUGCGAUACGAACAGCCUUAUUGGACUCAAAAUUAUUAGGACGCAUACGUUUCAAAAAAUACUUGCAUACACUAUUUUUAUGUCAAAUUCCUAAAAAAAGCUUUACUCUUUCCAAAAUUUUUACUCUUUUCUAGUUCUUACUGGCAAAACUAUCGAUAUAGCCCAUAAACGAAGGAAAUUCAAAUAGGGUUCGCUGGCGACCUCGUCAUAGGUGAACGAAUCGAAAAAUCAUGUAAAAUUAUGAACGAAGAUCGAAUAAGAACGAAGACGACGCGUAAAAAUUAGAUAGAGAUACACUCAACUACCCGCUAAAGUUAUGUGGGUAGUGAAUGUAAUACAUAAUAUAUAAUUUAUCUUUACUUGGUUUAGUCUUAACGCUGUACCUAAUGCUAAAGAGAGAACCCACUUACAAUAUCUACACACAAAUAAGUAUAAAUAAAUACGGACAAAUUCAGAACAUUCUCAUUGUUUUUUAUUUUUUUAGUUUGAAAGUGAACUUUAUACUAUGAAGUGGUAAUAAAGCUACAGAGUAAAAUUAUAACUGGUAAAAUUUAUACGAUUUUUUAAGUAGUAGUAAAAACAAUUCUUCAUUCUACAUGUGCCAAACAAUUUUAUAAAAAGGUAUUUUUCGAUUUUUUUUUACGAAUAAACCGCCACAUAGACACCUGUCGGUAAAAAGUUGAACUACUUUCCAAACUUGGAACACCUUUAAUAGCAGGAUAUAGAUGGCGCUAAGACAAUCUAAGUAAUUGUUUUUUGUUCAUACUUUAAAAAAAAAAGCGUAGUUACAAUAUAAGUAUGAGAUAAAGAAUACGUAAAUAAACAACUUAGCAGUUACCACGGCGGCACUCGUAACAUAACUCUUUUUACCUCAAGUAUUUUGCUUAUUUUUCCAAACAACGAUUUGAUGUCUUUAUUAUUAGCUAAAAUUAGUUCAAUUUACAUUGCAUCAUUGCACGGAAAAUCAAUAUCACAGGCCAAAAAACAUGCACUUUCAAAUUUAGCCUAGGUAUUCUUCCUAGAUACGAUCUCCAUUUCGUAAAACGCUUCAUGAACUUAAUAAUAUUUAUGUAUUUAAAUUUUAGAUUUUGAACUGUUUUAUGCAGAACACUGUAUUACCACAAAUGAACAAACAAAGUAUUUCAAAUCUAAACCAAAAACAUGGCGUAUGAUGCGUGUUUGACAUACAGGCUAAUAAGUUUUAUUUGCCCAUUUCUGAUGUCCAUGCAGAUAAAUUUGCAUAAGUAUUAUUUAUUUAUCUUCCCAGAUGAUCAACCUUGUAAUAACUUUUCGUAAAAAUUACGUUCAAAAUCAUUUCAAUAUUUUUUGUUAUAUUUUUUAUGUCUGUAUAUAAUAUGGCAACGACAAAAUCAAAUCAGGAUCAUGCGGCUUCCGGGCAAAGAGAAUGUAAUUCACUACGUUAUACUUCCGGGUUCAGUGGCUAAAAAGCUAGAUAUGUGUACAAGCGGCCUGGGUUGCAAUCUAGUACGAUAUGAACUGCAAUAUAAAAAAUAAAAAUAGGUGUAUUCUAAAGUCAAUCACUGUUUCUGAGAGCUAGCUUCAAUAUUUAUUUGAAGUUAAAAAGUCUCUUGAAAAGUUAAAUAUAAUACAGAAUUGUAGUACUUAGCUAAUAAAUUCCUAAUUCCUAAGUGAUAUUUUUUUAUUCAAAGAAUCCUAGUUUGCGGCGUGCACUUGAAAUACGUAGAUAUUGGUAUCUUUUCUAUAGUUCUAUUUAGUCAUGAUGGCUGCCACUGCCUCAUAAAUGACUAUCGAAUAAAAGGUACCUAAUUGCAACAACCAAUGCUAGCAGGCAGGGGUGAGUUUGCGCACUACGCUGCGGCACAUGCAUUAUACCUUUUGGAAAUGUCAAUAUCCAUGCUUUCAACAAUGAAAGUAUACGAAGCUUCACAUCGCUAUCUUCCAACGCGCAUGCGUCGUUACACGCUGGAUAGGUUACUGGAAAAUCAUUACAGUAUACUUAGUAGAAAAUAGAAGCAGUAACUCAACUACUAUGCUCGUUAUUAUUUAAUUAUGAGUCAGACUUUGGACGCUACUUUUGAAAGGUGCUGUCGCCUUUGCGCGAAGGAACAAGAUGUUACAAUAAUGAUAUUCAGUGAAGAAGCAGAAGCAAUGCUUCUUCAAAACAAGCUUAAUAAUUAUUUAUUAAUAGAGGUUGAAGAACAUGACAAGUUACCCAAACACAUUUGUAUACAAUGCUGCACGAAACUACAGACAGUGUGUGAUUUUAUUGACACGGCACGGAAGGCUCAAGAGGAGCUUCUGAAGCGUAGUAUUAUGUUAGGGCAGGUUGUUCCCAAGGAUUGUGUGAUAUCAUUAGUAACAGAAGAAGUCAAACCCGAUGUAGAAGAGAAUUCCGAUUCAGAAGAUAAAUAUGUGGAAAUUGAAGUGAGUGUAGAUCCCAUGAUGGUGCUCCAGAACUGUGAAGAUUCUUUCUCUCCUUCAUGUUAUGACCAUGACACUCAUAUGGGAGAUGUCACAUAUUUACAUGGGUUAGAUACUGAAAACGUGACAAUAAAAUUGAUAAAAAAGGACGAUACACAGUGUUCAAUCUCAGAUGAUGAUAAAAGGCAAUCUGAUGAUGGAGAUGAGGAUCAGAAAGGUAUGGGCAUAAAGCCUUUUCCUUGUCCAACAUGCACACGGAGCUUCCAUACAGAAUUGGCAUUAAAAAAUCACAAUUGGGUCCACACUUGUGAAACUAAGACUGACAAACAGUAUAAGUGCAAUACAUGUUCAGAAUCUUUUGAAUAUAAAUAUAAUUUUAUAUCACACUUGAAAGAACAUCGAGCUAAUGGACUGUGCCAAAUAUGUGGCAGAAUGUUCAGAUCAGAAAAAACUUAUGUUGCUCACAUGUCUGUGCAUCUGCCAUCAACCACAUCAUUUACCUGCAAGAUUUGUGGAAGAUCAUACAAUACUUGGGGCGGACUGAAAACACACAGUGUCACUCAUAGUACUGAGAGGCCUUACCAGUGCCAUUUUUGUAAGAAGACUUUUAAAAGGAACCAGGAUUUGAAAUUCCACAUAAACCAACAUACAGGGGCAAAACCUUACAAAUGUCCAUUUUGUGAAAAGUCUUUUGCAAGUUCUGGCAACUGUUACUCACAUAGAAGUCGCAUGCAUCCUGGUAAACAACCAGAAGGUCAUAUUAGGAAGUGGAACAUUGCUCCACGAGAGCCUUUAACCCUCCGACCUAUUGCACCAAAACCUAGUAAUUAUACAACUGCCAUUAAUGGUAUAGUCAAGUAUAAAUGCAGUUUGUGUGACCAUAGUUUUGCAAAGAAGGACAAUUAUACAUGCCACAUGUAUCAGCACACGGGAGAAAAACCUUUCCAUUGUUCAUUUUGUUCAGACAAAUUUAUGACGAGAAGAGGACUACUUAUUCAUCACGACAACAAACACCCGGGCAAAGAUCGUCCUUUAGCAUUAAUCUCCAAAAACUUGUUGCUCAAAUAAUAUAUUUACAUGGAAAAUGCAAUAAAUUUAGUAAAUGAAACUGUAUUUUAAUAACUUUGUGUUUUUAUUUAAUUCCACUACCGUAUACAUAGUGUCUUAGUACGAGCAUUAGGCCUACCAAAACCCCUCAGAUCGUCGAUAUUCUCCCUAGAUCUCGACAUGUCUUUCAGUAUCCUAGUUUAAAACCUAGGCUUGUUGUUUUGUUAUGAUUUGUUUUUCCAGUCGUGAUCAAUUUAUUCGAAUUAUACUAGACUAGCUACAUGAUAAAUAAAUGAUUUGGACGAAUUCAUUCAUUCCAGAUCUCGAGACUUUGUGUUGU